AUGUCUCAAUUCCAAAAAUCUUACUUUGAAAUGUAUGACCAUCUUUCCGACUUAGACUCUAAAAUCUCGGGCACUCAUUUGGAGAUAAAGGUAGCAACACCAGAAAGUGCAACGCCAUCCACCACACCGCGCCCUAUAGUUCUUCCAGGGGUAGAAGAGUUAUUUUCGCAAAUUGAUGAAUCUUUUGAAAUGUCUAGUCCUGUCCCUAAAAGCGCCCCUUCGACUCAAGACAAGGCAACACAAACGUCCGAACUGCCACUAGGCAAUCCAUUCUUCAUUCCGAAGCCAACACAUGUCGGCGAUGGAAUAAACGCCAACUACAUGAACUCAGACUUUGGAAGUGGCAUGAAUUUUCAUCCCAGCCUAGAUCUUUUCGAGGGUAUCAAAGUCCGUGAUUUUGCAGAGGUGCGUUUUAAUACACCGUCGGCAGGAGGAGGUAUAUAUGAACCGGGAAAAGACAUCGCUCACUUGUUUCCCGCACAGAAUGCUGGAAAUCAUGCUCUAGACCCACAUCCUUUCCAUACAUUUUCUUCAAAGCCGGGAUCUGAUACUCACCAAAUGCUGUCUCUACCACCAUUCUCCUCGACCAAAGAAGCACCUCUCGGCCUCGGCCAUAAACCCACAACUUCACACGACCAUAGCGCGCACCAAACAAACAUCGGUAAAAGAUAUGUGGCAAACCCGAUCCAAAACGCUAAACCCUUGGGUUCUAUGUCUGGAGCUAUUAAGCAAGCAGCAGGUUCCAAGCCAUAUUUUGCGACUACAAAUCCUAUUAGCACAGCAUCUGGAAGCAAAAUGUUCUCAACAAGCGUGAAAUACCCAAAUUCUAGGUCUACUAGAGCAAAAUCUCCAGCCAUAAGAACCCCCAUAGAGGACCCCAAGCCUUCCAGACGCCCAUAUGAAAAAUAUACAAUUCCUGAUUCGCCUCCAACACCCAAACCACGUCAUCCAACGCCACCUCUCACUCCGAUUCCGCAACUCCCUCCAGUUUCACAACCUCAUCAAGUAAUCGACCCAUCUCUCGUCGGAAGAGCACCCCAAUCUUAUCCAAGCUCAUCGACUGUCACACCGAACAAACGUAUAUCACCAUUCCAAGGAAAUGCACCACGGAAAACGUCGGUGCCAGCAGUGCUUCCACGGAAAAGAUCUGCUUCUCCAUCUAUCGGGCCCGCAAAACGUAUAAAUCUACAAAAGAACUCUGGCAAAUUGCAUGACAGUGCGAGCAAACGAAGCAUUAAAUGA